CCCUGAUGGGAUAAUGGAGCUGGUUCAAUUGCAAGUUUUGAAUCUUUCACAAAAUCAUUUGACUGGAAGGAUCCCCAAGAAGAUUGGCAACUUGAAGCAACUUGAAACAUUUGAUCUUUCAAUGAAUGCACUCUCCAGUGCAAUCCCUGAAAGCUUAUCUGAUUUGUACUCAUUGAACUCUCUGAAUUUGUCACACAAUAAAUUUUCAGGGCCAAUACCAUCAGGAAAUCAACUUCAGACCUUGACCGAUCCAUCCAUCUAUGAAGGAAACAGUGGACUCUGUGGCAAACCGCUCCCAAACAGUUGCUGGGAACACAAAUUGCCUACCAAAAAUAGGCCUAUUGAUGAUGAUGAAGUCCAUGGCGAGUCUGAUUGGACUUGGUUUUAUGCUGGAAUACGACCGGGUUUUGUUGUCGGGCUUUUGGGAGUUCUGGGAAUCCUUCUCUUCAAGAAGUCAUGGCGCUAUGCAUACUUCAAGUUUAUAGAAAGCAUCUGUGACAAAAUCUGGGUAAAGACUACUCGCCUGAGGAGGAAUUUCCGUUGAGCCCACAAUCAUUCAAGUGGUUGCUGCUGCUGUUGUGGCCCUCAGAAUGAGCAAUUUCUUCUAGGUGAUUUGAGAAGCAGUAAUAGUUUCACUGUUUUUUUUCUGUAUGGUUAUAUUUUGAGUACUAGCUGUUUUUCAGGUUUUUUUUGGCAUCUGCUGAUGUAAUAUGAAAAAUUA